AAAUUUACUCUGCCCUGGGCCCCGUCAGGUCGGCCUUGGUUACAUGUGCGAUAUACAAGUGAUACGUAUCGGACUUAGAUUUCGAUACGAGCAGGGCCAUAUUUACCAUAAGGCAGGAUAGGCAACUGCCUAUGGCCUCCGUUAUUAGAGAGCCUCAGACAUUAUUUUUUUUUUUUAGAGUACUACUUCCAUCGUAUAAAACAAAUAUAAGGAACAUAUAAUAUUUCAAAAAAAUCCUCAUCCAAAAAAUGUUAAUGAAAUUUCCAUCAUUGUUUUUUCGACCUAAUACCGACCACAUUUUUGGGUUUUAUUUUAUUUUAAUAUUUUAUAUUGCAGUAAUAAUAUUUUGCUAUUAAUGUAAAUUACAGAAACGAUAUUCAAUGGACAUAUUUACGUCUUUCAAAAAUACGCGAUUAACUAAAAUUAUUUUUUUAUACAUGAAAAAAGGCCACUUUGUUCGGAUAUAAUUUUUUCUUCGGACUUCAUUUAUUUACAUGGUUUAUUAAUUAUUUUUUUAAUUUCUAGAUGGUGAAGAGGUAGAUGAUUUAGCCCACAUGUUAGGACAUAUAGGCGAUAAAUUGACGGCCGAAAUUGUUCACCUUAUAUUCAAUCAUAUUGUACACAAAACAAAUUUGACGACUCCAAAUGAUGGCACCGGCAGGUACAAAAAAAUGGAUCAAGUUCAAAGAAAUAUGUAUUCAAUGUCCGUGGAUCAGGGAGAAUCAAGAAUUGAAUAUAAACUUUGUGAAUACUUAUGUCAAAGUGAUGACCCUUUCGCUCAUAUCAUGGUGGUUGCCAAGAGACAUAUUAAAAAAAACACAAAGUUAAAAGAAUUGUCAGCACAAUUAUUUCCGUUUGCAGAAAAAUACGUUGUAAAAGGUGUCAAUGACUUUUCUAUGAUCUACUCUCAAUUACACAAACAACAAUGUUUAUUGCUUGGCCCUUUAGCAUUUGUAAAUCACAGUUGUACUCCUAACUGUAAAUUUAAUAAAAAAAUAUAAAUAAA